AUGAAUAAUAGUAUAGAAGAAAAUUAUCAUUAUGAAAACAUUUAUACAUCAUCAUCUAAUUAUCUUACUUUAUCAAUAAUAAAAGCUAUUAUUGGGAUUCUAUUAUGUAUAACAAGUACACUUCUUAUUUUUGUAUAUCAACGAAAUCGAGAAUUCAAAAAGAAGUAUACAAAUUUAACAAUAAUAUUAAAAGCAAUUGCAGAUUUAGCUUUUAGUAUUUCACUCCUCUCUGAAUCAUAUAUUUCAAUUGGUUUUUUACCAAAUACAAAUAUGAUAUUAUCAAAUCAAGAUUGUUUAUUUUUAUUAUCACCACAAAUUUUAUGUUUCCAUUUUAAAACAAUUAUAAUAAUAGCUGUUACAUUUGAUCGUUAUCUUGCCAUUCAACAUCCAUACACAUAUAGAACGUUUGCUAUUAAAUGGAGAAUUUCUUUGACACUCAUAUCAUCAUUAACAUUUUCAGCAUUCUCAACAUCACUUUUCUUUUUUAAUAACAACUUUUUAAAUCCAAUUUCUUCAUGUCAUUUAGGAACUAUUGAAACAGACUUAUUUAAAUCUUAUUUUAUUUUUACUGGCUUAUCCUGUUCAACAUUAGUUAUCUCCGUCUAUAUUUUUAUGAUUGCCUCAACACUCAAUCCAAAAAGAAUGAAAGAUGUCAAAAAAGGAAAUAAAAAAUAUCAUAAGGUAGCCAAAAUGUUAUUUCUACUACUUUCUAUAUAUUUAUUUUUUUGGUUUUUACCAUUUUUAAUAUUUAAAAUUAUUGAAAGUAUAAUACGUAAUACUCAAAAACAUAUAAUAAUUGCUGGAACGUCAUUAAUUAUUUUAUCUAAUCCUAUUAUAUCAUUAAUGGAAUUUGCCAUUUACCUUCGUUAUCAUAAAGAAAUACGUAAAACUCUUCAUCGUGAUGUUGUAUGUUUCAGUUGGUUAGAUGAAAAUAAUGGUACAGCUGCACUUGUCUUACGAACUGGUUUAGGUUUACUUGGAGCAACUAUUAAACCAGAUAAGGAAAUGUUAGUAGAUUAUGGUUUUCCGGAUAGUAGUAAAAUUAUUUAA